GUGUGUCUGGCUAGUGUGCUAGAACGGCAACACCGCCAGCUAGCCAUCUGCUCUGUUGAAAACGGAAAGGUUAGGGUCCGCUACACAAAACAGCUUGUUGAGUCUCUUCCCCUUUGUUUUGGUCCGGCAGCCGCAUCAGACGCCCGCAGACCUAGACGUGAACGACGUCCAGCUGGAGUUGCACGCCUGUGUCCACAAUAGUAAUGACAUGAUGCUAGGGGAUGGCAGCAAGUGGCGGAACAAGAGCUGGCACCUCCCUUCCUGCAUUCCGAUCACCGUAAUCGUUUCCCUGAUCAUCCUGUUGGUGAUUCUGCCCUUCCUGGAUGAAAGGAUCAGCGCCCAGGACGAAAGGGACAGCUUGGAAUCCGCAGUUGUCAGUGCUAAAUGCCACAAAACGUGCAGUGCUUCGUUAGUGGAGAGCAUCCCUGAGGGUUUGGCGUACAGACCAAGCGAGGUAAUCCACUCAGCCACCUACGACACCUGGCAGCACUUGCUGCAGAUUGCCGAGAACUCAAUUGAAAUCGCGUCUCUCUACUGGACCCUAAAGGGCUCUGAAGUUUACCCAUACCCGUCAGCAAAAAAGGGAGAAGAAAUUCUGCAUGGAUUGAUGCAAGCUGGGGUUCAGAGGAAAAUCAAAAUUAGAAUUGCUCAAAAUGCACCCAGCCCAGAAAACCCAAACCUGGACACCGAGUUCCUCCAGAAACACGGAGCAGCUGAAGUGCGAAGCUUGAACUUCCAAAAGCUAGUUGGCGGGGGAGUGCUGCAUACGAAAUUCUGGAUCGUGGACCGCAAACAUGCCUACGUGGGAAGCGCCAACAUGGACUGGAGGUCACUCACUGAGGUCAAGGAAAUGGGAUUUGCUAUGUACAAUUGCAGUUGCCUCGCAGCUGACCUGGGAAAAAUAUUUGAUGUCUACUGGUACCUAGGGAAAGAGGGUGCCAAAGUUCCAGACAAGUGGCCAGGGCAGUUCAACACAAAAUUCAACAAGGAGCACCCAAUGAAUCUCACUUUCAAUGGCACCACAUCCUCAGAUGUGUUCCUAUCGAGCUCACCGCCCCAGUUCUGUCCAAAAGGCCGCACCUCAGACAUCGAUACUGUACUUGAUGUGAUUGGCUCUGCUGAUAAGUUCAUUCACAUUGCUGUGAUGGAUUAUUUUCCACUAACAAUCUACACACCAAAAAUCAAGCACUGGCCUGUUAUUGAUGACGCUCUUCGAAGCGCUGCUGUGGACCGAAAGGUAAAUAUCAAGCUCCUUGUGAGCCACUGGAACCACACUCGGCCAUCAAUGAAAUACUUUGUUGAAUCUCUGACUACACUGACGCAAUCGUUUUCCUGGGUCAAAAUUGAGGCGAAAUUUUUUGAGGUUCCAAGUUCAGCAGCUCAAAGCAAAAUCCCAUUUGCAAGAGUCAAUCACAAUAAGUACAUGGUCACCGACAACACGGCCUACAUAGGCACGUCUAAUUGGUCUGGAGACUAUUUCAUCAACACUGGGGGAGCGGCUGUGGUCGUGAAAGACCAAAACGAUAUUCUAGACGACGAAAGAGUUAACGAAGACAGUUUGAGGUCGCAACUGGAGGAGGUUUUCAACAGAGAUUGGAACUCCCCCUACGCCACUCCCAUCAGUCAACAAUCAAGCCAAAGACUCUUAAGCAUUUAAAUAUAUUGCUCACUUCACUCGACGGUUUCACUUAAGUUAAACUGGGAAAUCUUAGAGGAAGAUGUAAAUACACAUUUGGUAACA